AUUCCACAGGGAGAGAGAGGGAGCAGGACCUGGGAGAAGACCGGAGCGACCAGGAACGAGACACGGGCAACGACACAAAUGGCACUCAUGGCACGGAUAUUGUUCAGGGCGAGCUCUUUUUUGCUUGGGAUUUGUACCUUUAUUUCGGCGGCACGGAUUUACCCACCCAACGAAGUCACGUUACUGGACUCCAGGUCGGUGCAGGGCGAGCUGGGCUGGGUCGCCCACCCCACGGAAGGAGGGUGGGAGGAGGUGAGCAUUAUGGACGAGAAGAACAUCCCCAUCCGGACGUACCAGGUGUGCAACGUCAUGGAGCCCAACCAGAACAACUGGCUGAGGACCGACUGGAUCCCCCGAGGCGGGGCGCAGCGGGUCUACAUCGAGAUCAAGUUCACCCUGAGGGACUGCAACAGCCUGCCGGGGGUCAUGGGCACCUGCAAGGAGACCUUCAACCUCUACUACUACGAGUCCAACAACGACAAGGAGCGCUACAUCCGCGAGAACCAGUUUGGCAAGAUUGACACGGUGGCGGCCGACGAGAGCUUCACUCAGGUGGACAUCGGAGACCGCAUCAUGAAGCUCAACACCGAGGUCCGGGACGUGGGCGCGCUGAGCCGUAAAGGCUUCUACCUGGCUUUCCAGGACGUGGGCGCCUGCAUCGCGCUGGUGUCCGUCCGUGUCUUCUACAAGAAGUGCCCGCUGGCCGUGCGCAACCUGGCCCAGUUCCCGGACACCAUCACCGGCACGGACACCUCAUCGCUGGUGGAGGUGCGCGGUUCGUGCGUGGAUAACUCGGAAGAGAAGGAGGUACCCAAGAUGUACUGUGGGGCGGACGGAGAGUGGCUGGUUCCCAUCGGGAACUGCUUGUGCAAUCCGGGAUUCGAGGAGCGCAAUGCGGAAUGCCAAGCCUGUAAGAUCGGGUCCUACCGGGCCCUGGCGGCCGACGGGAUCUGCGCUAAGUGCCCGCUGCACAGCUACUCCACCAGGGAGGGCUCCACCUCCUGCGUCUGCGACAAGGGCUACUUCCGCUCCGAGACGGACCCCGCGUCCAUGCCCUGCACCCGCCCCCCGUCGGCGCCGCUCCACCUCAUCUCCAACGUGAACGAGACCUCGGUCAACCUGGAGUGGAGCACGCCGCUGAGCUCCGGGGGCCGGCCCGACCUCACCUACAACGUGGUGUGCAAGCGCUGCGGGCCGGAGGGCCGCCACUGCCAGCCCUGCGGCAACGGCGUGCACUUCAGCCCCCAGCAGCUGAGCCUGAGGGGCACGCGCGUCUCCAUCAACGACCUGCAGGCGCACACCAACUACACCUUCGAGAUCUGGGCGGUGAACGGCGUGUCCCCGCAGAGCCCGGGGCCUGAGCAGGCCGUGUCCGUCACCGUCACCACCAACCAGGCCGGUGAGUGGGGCGGCUGGAAUGGGGGAAGAAGUAAAUACAGCAAAGCCAAGCAGGACUCAGACGAGGAGAAGCACCUCCACCAAGGAGUGAGGAUCUACGUGGACCCCUUCACCUACGAGGACCCCAACCAGGCUGUCCGCGAGUUUGCAAAGGAAAUCGACGCCUCAUGCAUCAAGAUUGAGAAAGUCAUCGGCAUAGGCGAGUUUGGCGAGGUGUGCAGUGGCCGCCUGAAGAUGCCGGGUAAGAGAGAGAUUUGUGUGGCCAUCAAGACCCUGAAGGCGGGCUACACCGACAAGCAGAGGCGGGACUUCCUGUCUGAAGCCAGCAUCAUGGGCCAGUUUGACCAUCCCAACAUCAUUCACCUCGAGGGCGUUGUCACAAAAUGUAAGCCAGUAAUGAUAAUCACAGAGUACAUGGAGAAUGGAUCUCUGGAUGCAUUCCUGAGGAAGAACGACGGGCGCUUCACGGUGAUCCAGCUGGUGGGCAUCCUCCGCGGCAUCGCCUCGGGCAUGAAGUACCUGUCGGACAUGAGCUACGUGCACCGCGACCUGGCCGCGCGCAACAUCCUGGUCAACAGCAACCUGGUGUGCAAGGUGUCCGACUUCGGCAUGUCCCGCGUGCUGGAGGACGACCCUGAGGCCGCCUACACCACCCGGGGAGGGAAGAUCCCCAUUCGCUGGACAGCCCCGGAGGCCAUCGCCUACAGGAAGUUCACGUCGGCCAGCGAUGUGUGGAGCUACGGCAUCGUCAUGUGGGAAGUGAUGUCGUACGGGGAGCGGCCAUACUGGGACAUGAGCAACCAGGAUGUGAUCAAGGCGAUCGACGAGGGCUACCGGCUGCCCCCGCCCAUGGACUGCCCUGUGUCGCUGCACCAGCUCAUGCUGGACUGCUGGCAGCGGGAGAGGGCCGACCGGCCCAAGUUCGGUCAGAUCGUCAACAUGCUGGACAAGCUGAUCCGCAACCCCAACAGCCUGAAGAGGACCGGGGGGGACGCCACUGUCAGACCCCACACCACCCUGCUGGAGCCCGGCAGCCCUGAGGUCACCUCCGUCCCCGACUCGGCCUCCGUGGAGGACUGGCUGCGGGCCAUCGGCAUGGAGAGGUACGGGGACAACUUCACCGCCGCCGGGUACACCAGCCCGGAGGCUGUGGUCCACAUGACGCAGGAAGAAAUGGCUCGCAUCGGCAUCUCGUCAGCGGCGCACCAGAAUAAGAUCCUAACCAGUGUCCAGGGAAUGCUGUCCCAAAUGCAACAAAUGCAAGGCAGGAUGGUUCCCGUCUGAGAGGUCCGAGCGUCGCUCAUGAAAAAAAAGGAAAAGAUGGAGCAACUUUAUUUCAUAAGAAAAACCGAAAAUACAGAAAAAAUUAUAAAUAUGAGAAAGAAAACUAUGAAGAGAUGGUUUACCUCAUCCGUGCACUUUAAAUUGGAUCUGAACAAAAACAAAAAGAAGAUGAAGAAGAAGAAAUUGUGUAAAUGGCACUUUUUGUAGACAAAGAACAAAAAUAUGAUCUUUAUUGCCCUUUUUUUCAACGGAGCGCAGGAUAUUUCUGUCUGCUGUGCUUGCGGCAGAGGGGCAAGGGAGGGAGGUGGGGGGUUUGAUGGAAAAGACGGACACCCUGUCUUCCGAGAGGCCAAUCUGGAGUGCCUUCAACGGUCCGGAAGGAAUUCAGAGGGGGGGGAAUAUUUACCUUUUCUUCCUCCCAGGCAAUAGUGUUGUUUUCUCUGAACCUUAUGUGGAAUAAUCCGCUAAACUGAUAUUUUCUCAACAUCCCCCCCCCCCCCGUAGCUGUGUUUGUUGUAUUAUAAAUUGGUUCUGUGGGUUGUGUCGGGGCUCACUGGCUACCCCCAACGGCACUCCCUCUCUCUCUCUCUCUCUCUCCCUCUCUCUCUCUCUCUCUCUCUCUCUCUCUCUCUCUCUCUCUCUCUCUCUCUCUCUCUCUCUCUCUCUCUCCCUCUCUCUCUCUCUCUCUCUCUUUGGGUUGGAACUGUUUGAUAUCCGACAGACAAAAUGGAGGAUCCUUGCCCUCUGCAUAUAGACAAUACCUCUGGCGGAGAGCGAGACGGGGGAGCUGAAGCAGUGAACGCGCGAGGGGAUAAGCUUUUAGACAGCGCUGCACGA